AUGGCAUCCAUACCUAGCCUUGAUGAUAAACUGAGCUCGAGUGAAUAUAUUCAUGUGAGCAGAGACUCAUCUCUUCUGUUGACAAACAGUAAUGUGUCAGGGUGUCAAGACACUGCAAAUUCACAUCAAGAAAUCCUAAACCCUGUUUCUACAGCACCUCAGCAGGAUCCUGUAGAUAUUGUCAGAGAUCUGACUUUGUCCCUUCACAAUAGCAUUGGAUUUGAUUCAGCAAAUGAGGAUUUUUUGAUUGAUAAAUCUAAAACCAGUCUUUCUGAAAGUAUAUCCAUUAUUGAUCAAAGCCAGAUAUCACCAAAUACUUCUCCGAGAACCCCAUUAGUUAAUCCACGAGUGGCACAGGUCAUGAACGACAUUGUAAAUGAGAGACAGCUGUCUCAACCAAGUACAGCCUCUACAGAUACAUUCACUGGAGAUAACCAAAACCUACAAACUACAGGGCUGAUAACAGAUUCCAGAGAAAGUGAUUUGUUUAGGAUGAGCACGACAGAGUCAAGUGAUAGUAUACUGGUCUUAGAUAAUGUUGAUUUCAGAAGUUUUGAACAGUCGUCUGCUACAUCUGACAGAAGCCAGACACAGGUCAUGCACAUAGUGUCCACCAAAAAUGAAAGCUUUUCCAUGGUAUCUGCAGAACAAAGUUUAAGCUCACUUCCAACCCAGGAGAAUGGGGGACCAGAUAAUGAUCUUGGUUUAGUCAGCUUUAAUGGAUUUGAUUCUCUGCUGAACUGUAGGGACAAAGUUGGGGAUGAAGAUUCAAAGAAAGAAUUGGAUCUCAAUUCAUCUGUGGACUCCCCAGGACCACCAUACUUCCAAACAGAUAGGCAUAAUUUGUCAGGCAAACCAGAUCUGAAGAGCAAAACUUCACACUCUUAUUCGGCCACUGACCAGUUGUCUUCUUAUAAGGCAGAUGAUUUGAAGAGUUUUGAAGUGCCAAGAAACUCACUCGAAUGGUGGCCAGAAGAAAGUUUAAAGUCAAAAAGGGGACUAUCUUCACAAAAUGAUGAAUCUUAUAUUUUGCCAGACACUGUGGGUACUUCCCUAAAAAUAGACAGUAGCAAGUCCAUAAAUUUUUCUGCUGGGAUUAGCAGUAUUCCAAACACUUCAGUACAAGAACAAUCUUUUGUGGAAGUUCAAACAGAUUCCAAUUCAAUACCAUAUCAACCUUCAGCAGGGCAUACCAAUCAGACAUUUUCUGCUUUAAAACCAAGUGAUUCAGUUCCAAGACUUCACAGUGAUAAUGUUAGGAAUGCAAGUGUUGUAACAGAACAGAUGGAUGUUACUGGUGUGUCUGGAGAUUUACUACUACAGGAAUUGCCAUCCAAUAUGCAACAAAAUGUUGAAAGUGAUUCAAACUUAUUUGGAAUUGGGAAAGAAAGUAGUGGAGAACAAUCCCCGGACAAAUGGAGUUUUUUAAAAACAGAAGAGACAAAAUAUGAAAAGACACAGUCUGCUGUCAUGCAGACUCUGAAAGACUUUGUCUCUGUGCAUGGUCAAAUAGGUCAUGACAACAUAGAGGAUGUGUCAAAACUACUCACAGAUGUUUUGACAAAUGAAAGUCCUCUGCAGAAUGUAUCGGAAAAGAGCCAGGAAGUGAUGGAAACCAGGUCAGAAGUUGUUCAAACCCCAGAUAGCCAGACCUAUGUCAUGGAACCCAGGCAAGGCAGCCAACCUGAGGAGUCCCAGACUGAAGAGAUGACUGAGGAGAAUUUAGAUGAAGAUGAUGAUUUAGAUUUAGAGGAAGGAGCAUCCACACAGAAAAGAGACACACAAGAAUAUGAAGUGAUGACAUUGGGCCCAGGACACUGUCAGACAAUCCCAGUAUCAACUGUGCAGUUAAAGCUUCUGUCUAUGAUGGAUGGAAAGUCUGUUCUAAAGAAAAAAUAUGAUGUCUUUGUCCAGGAAAAUCUGCAAGACAAGGCUGUAGUUUUACAGGGAAUGAUUGAGAACAUUAACUUGGCCAUCAAAUCAAUCCAAAACAAUGAUUGGCUUGCUGGAUUUUCCAUGAAGGUGACACAAUUGCACCCAUUACUAAUACAUUUAUUGAGUUUGGAUGAGGUAGAGUCUUUCCUAGACCAUGAGAAAUUGAGUGGUUUGGGAUGCAGGUAUUGUUGGCUUCCUUUGACCGAGGAGAACCAUCUGGUACUGUAUGCAGACACAGAGCAAACAGCCCAAACUGUGCUUAACACCAUACUGCAGAAUGUUGUGCUGAGAAGCAUAGCCAAACCCAAAGACUUGCAGCAGUUAAGUCAGAAAAUAAGUGAAUUGAUGCAAAAAAAUGAUGGGAAAAUUGUUUGUUGUGAAGACGAAGAAUUCAUCCAUAUUGCUUUUUGCAGUAAUUGGACAGAAGAUGUAAAUCAGUGUCUGAAAUCUUUGGAAGUGAAAGUUAAAGCAAAGGAAACUGAAAAAUUUGUUGAAAUUGAAGAGGAUGUGUUUGAGUACAUAAAGAGAUGGAAGAUGCCAGACAUAGAGAAAAUGGCAAGUAGCCAAUCUGUAGGAAUAGCAGAAGGACCAGGGACCACUCCUGGAAUUGUUGUUAUGGGAACACAGGAGAACAUCAAAGCUGUUGCUAACUUCAUUUUGGAUUUGAUUAAAGAGAUCUCCAGUCAAAGAAUUUCCAUCAAAUCACAAGAAGCAUGUGAAAUUAUCAAAAUGAACAAUUUUGCACUCAUUAAGUACUUAGAACGGCAUCACCGUAGUUCCAUUAAAGUGGAACAUUCAGGAAUAUAUCAGAGGGAUUGGAGAUUAAAUCCUUCAGGAUGGAGGUCACAGGAUGUACGGUUUCCUGUGUUCAGAAUUGAAGGUCAGAUAGAAAUCCAGAUUUUCUGUGGGGAUGCCUCUCAAACAGAUGCUGAUAUGGUUGUGGAACCUGCUGAUAGAUUGGAGAAUACACCAUACGGUUGCUGUCGAUUUCUGUAUAUAGAGAAACAAAAGAAGAAAGCCGCUAAGGUAAUUGUUCCAAAGUGGAACAUGGGGAAAGGAAAAGAAAAACAUGAGCUGAUGGACAUGCUGGUGGAGAUGUUUGAAGAUCUUCAGAAACAUAGGUUUACAUCAGUAACCUUUCCCAUCAGGAACUUUAAGGACUGGCCACAUGAAAAGUUAACCAAGGCCAUCAUUGUCGCUCUACAGACACACAUAGAAAAAUCUGGGGCUCACUGUAAUCUCCAAGUGGUUACUCUGUGUGACCCAGAGAAAGAGAUCUGUAAUCAGAUCUGUAAGGUCUGUAGAAAUGCCACGGGGGAUAGGAUCAUAGAAACUCCUCCUCAACCACAGAGAAAGACAAAACAGGGACUUACUCUAAAGCUCAUUAAAGGAGAAAUAGCUAAACAAAAGACAGAUGUAAUUGUUAACACAACAGCCAAGAACUUAGACCUAAAUUCAGGAAAGGUCUCCAAAUCAAUUCUUCAUAGAGCAGGCAAGGGGAUUCAGGAUCAGUUAAAGAAUUAUAGCCCAAGGGGAAUAACUCCUGGAGAUGUUGCUGUGACUCGGGGCUUUAGUCUUGACUGUAAGUUUGUUUAUCACGGAGCCCUGGAAUUCUGGCCUCAACUGCAUGCUGCUGAAUCUGAGAAGAGCCUGUGUUUAGGGAUACUGACAAAGUUUGUGGAGGAGUGUUUGAAGCAAGCAGACCAGAAGGGCCUGAAUGACAUCUCGUUCCCGGCUCUAGGAUGUGGGACGCUCAACAUGCCUCCAGCUAAAGUGGCACAAAUCAUGUUCAGAGUCUUUAAACAGUUCGAGGAGAAAAAUCCCUUUUCUUCACUGAAGGAGAUAAACAUUGUUAUAUAUCCUGAUGAUAGAAAUAUUUUCAGGGAAUUCGAAAAGGAACUGAAAAAAUACAACCAACAGGAAGCCAAAUCUCCUCCAAGAGAAAGGACCCCACUAACACGUCAGAUCAGUCUCCCCACAUCAAGAGUGUCAGUGUUGGCCCAGCCUAACACAGCAGAAUUCUCAUGUCAUGUGGAUGGGAUACACGUAACAGCAGCAUUAGGGGACAUUACUAAGCAGGAGGGAUAUGAUGGUCUUGUCAGACUCUUUACCAGUGACAAUCCAUUCCUUACUGAUACAAGUGAUGAUCCUGUGCUUAAGGGUAUUUCUUCUGAUACUAUCAAACCAAAAGAAACAAUCUCUAUGUCAUUCAGCAAGAACUUUGUGACACCUGCUGGAGACCUGCCCCAGAAAAAAAUCAUUCAUGUUCACACCAGCCCAGAUAAAUUACAGGAAGCUCUCCUUAUAGCCUUUAGAACAGCAGAGAAAGAGGAAGGCAUCAAAUCCCUUAUCAUACCAGUCAGGUCAAAUGAUCCUUUAUGUGAGGACUGUAGGACAUUUGUGUCCUCAGUAUUUCUGGCUGUUUGUAAAUUCACCCAACAAAAGAGCCACAGAAGUCAAAUUAAAGAAGUUAAGAUAUGUGUCACCGAGCAACAUGCCCUGAACUCAGUCCUUAUGGAGCUUCAGUCACACAGUGCACAAGGUUAGUUGAUAAAUCACUUCUUGAUCUUUUGGAGUCUUGGAUUGUGAGCAGAACAAGAUGUGACCAGACCAAUGGUUCUGAGAGUGACAACAACUAAUUCUCAUAUGGACAGUCUGAUGUCAGAGAUCAGAAGCAUCGAGUUGUCACCAGGAGAUCACCUGCAGAAAGCUAUGGAAGGAGAAUCAGUAAUAUCCAAUGUCACCCAAGAUGUGUAUGAAGCCUUUCUCUACUUUUACCAAAAAGACUUGCAAUCACAACUAACAUUCGUAAACAUGACAUAUGAUGGUCGAGGGUCACAGAUAAUUUUGACUGGGCAAUUUGAAAAACUUUCUGAAGCUGAGAUGAUGGUGAAACAAAAGUUACAAGAAUUGACAGAAAGAAUGCAUGUAGAUACCAUUCCAUUACCAAGCCUGGAAAAUUCAGUUUUGCAGUCCAUGGUGAGCGAAAUUCAGCCACAGUUUGAAGAAGCCCUCCUCUUUGUUCCUCUGGCAGAACAGUUCAAUGGCAUUCAUGUUAUUGCUUUGUCUUCAGAAGAUGCAGAACGAGUAAAAAAUUCAACUUUAGAAAAGAUUUCACACAUUCCAGGAAAGCCUCAACAGGCAUUGAAACUUCUGGCUCCUCCAAGGCAACCAAUCUCUGUUGAUUCCAGAAAUGAUGUCUCCACAUUUAUCACAGAGGAAGGUAUUCAGGUGUUUGUUUACAAAGAGAACAUUCUAGAGCUUCCAGUGGCUUGCAUUGUUAAUGCUGCCAAUGAGUAUCUGCAGCAUGGAUCGGGGGUGGCAUUUGCCAUACUGCAGGCAGCAGGAGAGGAAUUUGACAAGGCAUGCAAGGAGCACAUAAGGAGAAAUAGUCUUGUGAAAGUAGGGACGUGUGCUGAAACAGAAGCAGGCCAGCUACCCUAUGCUUGUGUUAUUAAUGCUGUUGGACCACGCUGGGAUCCUUCUAAGGAGAGUCUGUGUAAAACACAUCUGCAUUCUGCUGUUGAAUCAAGCAUUGUGAAAGCUGCAGAGUUAGAAAUGGAUUCCAUUGGGCUUCCUGCAAUUAGCUCUGGUAUAUUUGGAAUGCCAGUUGAGUUGUGUGCAUAUCAAUAUGCAUAUGCUGUGAUAUCAGCCAGUGCCAAAAUAAAAGGAUCUUCACUGAAGGAAAUCCACUUCAUAGACAUGGAUGAACAUGUGGUUUUCAUUAUGAAGCAGAUUUUUGCCUAUGUUUUUAGUGGUCAAAGCUACUUCAUUUCCCUCUCCGUCAAUUCUGCCUCAGUCCGGCCCAUUGGCAAUACUACACCAACAGAAUCCGGAGCUUCAGGGAUUGAGGGAAGAUUUUCUGCAGGUUUUCCAAAAUCAAGCACUUAUGAAAGAGAAGGUGUGGUUUAUCAUGAAUAUUUGCUGUCUAAUGACUUCUCUGUGCAAGUUUACACUGGAAACAUUAUAAAAUCCAAUGCAAAUGCACUAGUUUGUUUCGAAGACAAGAACUUUAAACAUGAAGGGGAGAUCUCUAGAGCUAUUGCAGACUUAGGCGGAAUAGAAUUCCAAAAUAAAGUAGAAAAAUGCAAAAGCAGUCCCAGCAGGCCUGGGGAUGUUUUUGUGGUGGAAGCAGGGAGGAAUUUUGAUGAGACUGUUUACAUAUUUAUGGUGAUAUCUCCUGUGUAUGAUGAAGCUUCCUCAGAAGAAGAAUGGCUGCGAAAUGUCACUGAUUGUCAUGCCAAGAUUUUACAAGAAGCUUGCCAAAAACAGGUCUACAACAUUGCCAUGCCUUUGAUUGGAACAAAUGAAAGUUCCUCAGAAAUCGUGUCAAGUGAUUUAGUGAAACAACUAACUGACUUCAUUAACACAAAACCAUUUGAUUGUCAAUUGAAGUGUAUCCACAUCGUCAGUUCUAAUGAUGAGACAACUUUAGUGGUGACAGAAUCAUUAGAUGUAUAUGUAGGCGAGGAGAGAGACAAAAUAAAAAAAAUGAUGAAACAAAGUGAGAACCACAUCGCUGGUGGCAGUGUUGAAGAAGUUGCAAUGGACGUGGAAGAAGAUGGCCCGCCAGAUUUCGAGGAUGAUACAGAACCAAAUCAGAUGUCUGACGUCUAUUCAGCGAAGCAGAUGACAUCUGCUACAGGCAAAGAGGACCCUCAAUGUGUGAUAUGUUUGGAUUCAGUGGGUGAGGACCAUGAAACUCUGGAGAAGUGUAGACAUAAAUUCUGUAAGCCCUGCAUAGAGAGACAGUUCAAACACAAACCUGUUUGUCCCACUUGUGGAGAAGUUUAUGGGAUUGUGUAUGGAAACCAGCCUAAAGGCACCAUGUCAGUUACAACAACCAGCCAAAGUAUCCCUGGAUUUCCAAAUUAUAAUACACAUGUCAUAGUUUAUGAUUUCAAAGAAGGUGUACAAGGGGAAGAGCACCCAAACCCUGGUGUCCGUUAUAGAGGAGAGAGGAGAGUCGCAUAUUUACCAGACUGUCCAAAGGGUCAGUUAGCCCUCAAACUUUUACGGAUAGCCUUUGACAGACGUCUCGUCUUCACCAUUGGCUAUUCAAGAACAACUGGACGUGACAAUGUCAUCACAUGGAAUGAUAUUCACCAUAAAACAAACAUGUAUGGUGGUCCGGAGAGGUUUGCUUACCCAGAUCCUGACUAUCUAGACAGGUUAUUGGAGGAGCUGGCCACUAAAGGGGUCACAGAGAGGGAUCUCACGAGUGACACAGAGAGAUCUCACGAGGUGACAAAGAGAGAUCUCGUGUAGGUGUGAGAUUGAGUGACUACUGCACUCUCAAUCUUGUUUGGUACAGGUGAUUCCGAUGGUAAAAAUCACAUACAUGUAUAUACAGCUAAUAGUUAUAUAAAAGUAUAAACUAGCAGUGAACCCUGCAAUUUGUGAAAUUUUUAAAAUAUCUUUACUUUUUUUGAACUUGAUAUUUGUUUGAAUAUGCAACUGUAAGUAUACUGUAUAAGCAGAAAUUUUAGUGAGAAUUCAGUUUUGGCAAUGUUAGUGAGGUGUUGAGAUUACAAAAAUUGAAUAUUGCUCACGAUCCAUUUCACAUUGUUGGAAACCGCUAAAAUUGAAUAUUGUUAACAAUUCAUUCCACAUUGUAGGUAACUGUUAUGUUUUUAAGCAUAAAAAAAAUCCUAAAUUUGCAUCUCGCUAAAAAUUCCACUUAUAAGGUAUUUGAAGCUGUGUGACAAGUGGUUAAAGAAAAGCGAAUGGCUUCACAAAGUAUUUAAUUAACAUCAUCUAUAAAUAUUGUUUUACGAUACUUGAAGCACCAUUUAAGUAAUUUGUUAUUAUCUCACUGUGAGUGUUGUUGCUCACUCCUGAUUGUAACAUACAUUAUGUCGUGUUAAGCGUUUCAUGUUAACUCUGUAUUUUUUAAAAGUGAUUUUGAAUUGCACACUUGGUCAAUGUUUAACAAUGAAGUUAGUUUUUCUAAAUUAGAUUGCUUUGGUAAUUUGGAACAAGAUGGAAAGCCCUAAUAAAUAAUUUCCUUUACAUCAGGAAAUUUCUAAAUGAGAUCUACUCUCAGCAAGGAUUGUGUUGAGUGUUAUAUUAGGCAAAGUAUAAAAAAUAAAAAAAAUAUAUAUAGAUUGGAUCUUUCAUCUAAUAUAUCAGUGAUUUACUAGAAUGUAAAUUGGAUGCAUGUGUUUUUCUACUUGAAUGUAAAUUGCAUGCAUGUGUUUUUUGAUCAUGUACAUGUGGCCAUGGAAAUUUUGUAUGUCUUGUAAAAAUUCAAAAGAAAUUUUUUAAAAAAAUUUCAUUGAACAUUUUAGAAUCUGUGAUAUAUAUAGCUUUAAAAUUUUUGCAGAGAUUUGAAUGAAAGGAAGGUAAAAAAAAAAAAUUUCUAAUUACAUUCAUCUAUUCAUGGAAAAUUUAAGUCAUUUGUAUAUGCAUACAAACAUGUAUGAUAAAAUUUCUGCUUAAUUUUCUCUGUGACACACUGUGUCUUUUUCCUUUAUUUUUGCACAUGUAUUCAAGAUUAUUGUACAUGUAUUAAGCAAAGUACAGGCUGCUCAAUUUUCACUACUCUUUUUAUGGUGAGAAUGGAAAAGGGAAGGGUAAAUUAUUUCUUAUCCACAACAUUUUAUUUUGUAAAGCAAUACUUGAAGGUUCCAUAAAAAUGAAUUAACAAAUCUUUCAGUCAUGUUAAUCAAUCCAAAAGUAAUAAGUGUCUAAAAUAUUAUUGCCCUAUAAGUAUACAUGAGCAGCAUGAAAAAGAUUGAUAAUAUUGAAAAAAAAAAUAGGGAUGGAAGUUUCUGUACACUACUUCACUUAUUUUUGAUGCGGACACUAUAUGUACAUGUACAAUUAUAUUGUAAAAUAAAGUCAACUUCAGUUUCUAAUACAGUGAUUACAAUUGUUGAUUUUUGGAGAGAAAAAAAUUCAGUGAAAUUUGCUACUAGAUUAACAGUGCUUCAUUUUGCUUUGUUUUCUUUGUUUUUGUUUGGUUCUGGGGCUGUUCUUAUUAUAGUAUAUGUUUUGAAUAUAUAGUAUAUGUUUUAUUGAAUAACUUUACCAUUGAAAUCAAUAUGAAAAUAUUUACAUGUAAACAACAGGAUUCCUUUUAAAAAAAAUUCUGAGUGCAUAUGAACUGCACUUGAUGAAGAAUAACUUUGCAUGGGUGUUUUUCCACUUAGCCAACAUUUUGAAAAUAUACAGGUGAAUCACAGGUUUACCUGUGUGGGCUAAGUAGGAAUGGGGUGAAUUACAGAUAGGCUAUUGUCUGUAAGAUAUAAGCUGAAUAAAAUAUUUUAUAUAGUAUCCAUCUUUAAAUAAUUGUUAUAAUUAACUAGAUUAAAAUUAUUUCUUAUGCUAUAUCACAACUUUCUUUUUGUCAUUUUUUGUAAACAUUUGUCACAUGUUUGUUGAAAUAUGUUUUUUUUUAAAAUAUAUAUGUGAAAAAUAAGAAAUAUUAAUUAUACAGGUAUAUAUUUCUUAUCUAUUUUUUUCUGUUUCAUUAAAUUUUUUUUUUUACAUCAUUGAAUGCCAUUUUAUCUAUUAUAAAUUUAUUCAUUGAAUAUUUUUUUUUAAAUUGUUUGUUCAUGAGACGCAGGUGGCACUACUUUUAGCUAACAUGAAGAAGCCAUUCAAAAUACUUUGGCAAUUUUUGCUUUUGAAUGAAAUAAUGCCGUGGUAAAUAAUAUCUUUGUUUUACAUGCCUUAAUUCUAUGAAAAGGUGCCCUCCAGACCGACCAGAAAACAAACACAUUUCAAAAAUCAUUCAAUGAUCAGCAAUAUAAUAAAUAAUAAAUGAAAAAGGAAGCUGUUUUUUUAUUCUUUAUUUUAAAGUACUUUAAUCUUGUCAAAAACUGCGCUUUCACACAAUAGCAUUAAUAAAAUAAAGUAUACUUGAAUUUCUUGUAAGUUUUUGCUUUCUUUCAAGGCCUUUUUUGUUUCCCUUACUCUCAGAGACUUAAGCUUUCUGUAGCCUUAAAAAAUGGAAUGGAUUUCAAAAUUAAUUUUUACUAAAAAUGCAAAGAAAAAUUGUUGAAAUUAUGACGAACUUGUGUUUGUUUUUUUGACCAGAUUUUACUUAAAACCUACACGCCGGGGGACGUAAAACAAAGAUUUAACUUACUGUGGUCUAAAUGAAAAGAAAUGUUUUUGUAAUAUAUUUGGGGGAUAUGAUCUAAUACAUGUAUUUUGAACCAAAGAAUUUUUUUUUCAUUAUGCACUAAUUUGUACACAAUGUUAAUUCAUUGAUCAUUGUUAUUGUUAUUAUGUUAAAUUGUGUUGUUUUGUGAUAUUUUUGUUUGAAAUAUGCUUAAA